AUGGCAGAACAGAAAGGAGAGCAGGGAGGGGAGGAAAGUUUUUUUACAAAGUGUUUGUCAGAGUCCCCUCCAGUCCUGCGCACACUCUGAGAGAGGGGACAAGGAGGGUCAGUCUCUCUGAUCAGAUUACAGUGAAGAUUUGUGUGACUGUGACCAUGCGUGUGGUGACGGUCUUCCUCUUGUCUGCCCUGCUUCCACUCUCUCUCUCCCAUGGACGGGACCCCUUCGCCUGGCUGUAUGGCCUGGGGAGCCAAGGGCACUAUUUUGGCUCCCUGCAGGCAGGGACCACAGGAGGGGAGUGUCCAGAUGAGUGUGACUGCCCCCCCUCCUUCCCAGUCGCCAUGUACUGUGAUGGGCGGGGCCUGACAGCCAUGCCAACCAUCCCCUCCCGUGUGAAAUACUUGUACCUCCAAAACAAUGCCAUCACAGCUGUGCCCGAUUCAGCUCUAGUCAAUGCAACCAAUCUGGUGUGGCUCAUGAUGCACCACAACCAGCUGACAUCUGACGCCAUUGGCAAGAAGGCAUUUCUGAAGUUGGAGGGACUAGAUCGUUUAUAUCUACAACACAACAAUUUGACCAGCAUUCCUUCAAACCUCCCUCGCACCCUGCGAGACCUGAGAAUCAACCACAACAAGCUUGAAAAGGUAACACCUGCAGUCCUAGAGGGAAUGGAUAACCUCACUGUCCUGUAUCUCCAUGACAACGCUAUCACGGACAUGGGCACAUCACUGAAGACACUGAAAUCCCUCACACUGCUGGACAUUAGCGGCAACAAGUUGACAAAGGUCCCAGAGGCACUCCCCGAACAUCUGCACCAACUCUACGUGGAGUCCAACGCCAUUGAUUCUCUACCAGAGGGCUUCCUGGGCCGUUUCACACAGCUGCAGUACGUCAGGAUGGCCCACAACCAGAUAACAGACAAGGGUAUCCCUCCCAACACCUUUAAUGUGACUGGGCUGGUGGAGCUGGACCUGAGCUUCAAUAAACUGGAGAGAAUCCCCCCAGUGAGCACCACACUACAGCAUCUCUAUCUGCAAGCCAACCAGAUCAAAGAGUUCACUCUGGGUAGUUUCUGCAGCAUUGUGGAUGUGACCAACUUCUCGAAACUGCAGACGCUGCGACUGGACGGGAACGAGAUCAGUCGCCAGGACAUCCCUUCAGAGUCAUCCCUCUGCUUGCGCCAGGCUUCCACCAUUGAGGUCUAACUGUGUGUAUGAUACAAUGUGUUGCACUCUGCUCACAAACGCAGCUCAGUUUACAGCAUGCCCCAACGGUGUGACACAUUAUUUGUGUGACGUGUGCCAAAACCAAAGCACAGCAGAUGUGAUGUUAUAAUUAAAUAUUGACAGCAGGUGGCAGCGGUUCUCACUGUAAUAUCCACUGUUCACAUCACAGUGAAAGCAAAGAUAUGUGGUUGUUUACAUGGCAACUGAAGCUUUACCAGACAUUUCACAGGUCAUUUUCUGUGGAAAAUAUAAACAAGUAAAUCUUUAAACGUUAUGAGUUUCCCUAAAAAAUCUGGGCACAUGGCCAAGUCUGUUUUCAUUAAAUAAAGGUAAAUGAGCCCUUUGCCACAAAAUACAGUAUAUAAGCCUAAUAAGAUACUGUAUGAGCCACAUGUGAUGUUUCUUUUUUGCGUAUUGAAAAUUAUCUGACCCUGAUCCUCCUUGUAUGUUGCUUUGAGGAUCAAUGAUCUUUGUAAUCAGUGUUUUUAGCUGUCUUUAUCUGUUUAUUUAUCUGUGUCUUCCUACAAAGCAUGCCUUCAAUUGUUUUCUCUAAUGAGUUGAUUAUAAAAACUAUUAUCUAUCAUGCAUGAUGUGAACUGUUUAAUUUCUAAUCAUUAGCUGUCGUAAAAGCACAACAAUAUCUUCAUCACUUCUCUGACGACCAUGUCCCAAAGUGUUUAUUGCAUUUGGGUACAUUCUUUUCUUUGUGAUAAAAAUGCUGUGACUACUUGUUUCUGUAGAGGAUCCUCUUUUUCACAGUGAAAUCAACUUUCCUUAAAGACAUACAUAUCUAUGUACCAUGUGAAAAAUAUCUCCAUAAUGUACUGUAGUGAAUCUCAAAAUACAGAGGCCUCUGGGUGUAUGAGUUCUAAAUCUUGAAUUACUGUAUGCUUGCAUGGAUUGGUUAUCAUACUGACAAAGGGAAAAGAAUAAAUAAAAGUUGCGAUUUUCAAAAAGA